AUGGCCCCGAACGGACAAGCAGUUCAUGCCGCCCUAGAGCCUGGUCACUUUUUAUUCACUUCUGAGUCUGUUGGGGAAGGCCACCCUGAUAAGAUCUGUGACCAGGUUUCCGAUGCCAUUCUUGAUGCCUGCCUUGCUGAGGAUCCCUCAUCCAAAGUCGCUUGCGAGACUGCUUCCAAGACAGGAAUGAUCAUGGUUUUCGGCGAGAUCACCACCAAGGCCAAACUCGACUAUCAAAAAGUCAUCCGCGAGACUAUCAAGCAAAUCGGUUAUGACGAUUCCUCCAAGGGAUUCGAUUACAAGACCUGCAACAUUUUGGUAGCUAUUGAGCAGCAAUCCCCCGACAUUGCUCAGGGCUUGGAUCACGGUUCUCUUGAGGACCAUGGUGCUGGUGAUCAGGGUAUUAUGUUCGGUUACGCUACCGACGAGACAGAGGAAUACAUGCCAUUGACCAUUAUGCUUGCCCACAAGUUGAAUGCUGCCAUGGCUGCUGCUCGUCGCUCUGGAGAACUUGGGUGGCUCCGACCCGACUCCAAGACUCAGGUCACUGUUGAAUACAAGAAGGAUGGUGGAGCUACCAUUCCUCUUCGUGUCGACACUGUUGUCAUUUCCACCCAACACGCGGAGGAGAUUUCGACUGAAGAUCUCCGCAAAGAAAUCCUCGAGAAGAUCAUCAAGCAAGUCAUCCCUGCCAACCUCCUGGAUGAUAAGACCAUCUAUCACAUCCAACCAUCUGGGCGUUUCGUGAUUGGUGGUCCUCAGGGUGAUGCUGGUCUGACUGGUCGCAAGAUCAUCGUCGAUACCUACGGUGGUUGGGGUGCCCAUGGAGGAGGAGCUUUCUCCGGCAAGGACUUUUCUAAGGUCGAUCGAUCAGCUGCCUACACUGCUCGUUGGAUUGCCAAGUCCUUGGUUGCCGCAGGGCUUGCCCGUCGUGCUCUCGUCCAACUUUCUUACGCCAUUGGUGUCGCUGAGCCCCUUUCUAUCUACGUCGAUACAUACGGCACUGGCAAGAAGACUGAUGAGGAGCUCGUUGAGAUUAUUCGCAACAACUGGGAUCUCCGACCUGGUGUCAUCGUCCGCGAGCUCGACUUGCAGAAGCCUCAAUAUCUCAAGACUGCGUCUUACGUGUGUGGAAUUCUAGGGUUACUCCUUCACGAUGCAUCCAUAGACGCUGCUGCCGAAAUAUGCGAAGGGCUUUCUCUUCUGCAGCACAGAGGACAAGAUGCGUGUGGAGUCAUCACUUGUGGUCCUAAAGGUCGCUUCUAUCAGUGCAAGGCAAAUGGCAUGGUUCGCGACAUCUUCGACGCAAAUUCGAUAUCUCGCCUAAUUGGUGGUAUGGGUGUUGGACAUGUGCGAUACCCAACUGCUGGCAGCUUCAAUAACGCAGAAGCUCAGCCGUUUUAUGUUAACUCGCCUUAUGGGAUUGUUUUCGCUCAUAAUGGCAACCUUAUCAACACAGAGUCUCUCAUGCAAUUCAUGGAUCACACCGCUCAUAGACAUAUCAAUACCGCGUCUGAUUCAGAGCUUUUACUUAAUAUCUUUGCCUACAACCUCCAACAGACUGGGAAAUUCCGCAUCAACGAAGAAGAUAUUUUCACUGCCAUUGGAGGCAUGAUGACCCAGGUCAAAGGUGCCUAUGCUUGCGUUGCGAUGCUCGCAGGAUUUGGGAUUAUAGCAUUCCGCGAUCCCAAUGGCAUUCGUCCGGUGGGUGUCGCAACCAGAAAAUCAGGAACUGGCCUCGACUACAUCGUUGCGUCAGAAAGUGUCGUCGCGGAUGCCAGCGGGUUCACAGAUUGGGAAGAUGUUAAACCUGGAGAGGCUAUCAUCAUCACCCGAAAUGGCAUAUCUCGUCGGCAAAUUGCCGCCCCGGCUACCUUUGCCCCGGAUAUAUUUGAAUUUGUGUACUUUGCGCGUCCAGAUUCAGUGAUAGAUGGUAUUAGCGUGUACAGAAGUCGCAUGGCUAUGGGAGACGCUUUAGCGGAAAAAGUACGGACGGUUCUGAAAGAGGCAAAUAUUGAAGUCGAUGUCGUUAUCCCAGUACCCGACACCUCGCGAGUCGCAGCCUUGAAUUUAGCUCAAAAACUAGCUCUGCCUUAUCGUGAGGGUUUCAUCAAGAACCGAUAUGUCGGAAGGACAUUUAUCAUGCCUGGACAACAAAUGAGAAAAAAGAAUGUGAGGCGAAAGCUCAACGCCAUGGCUUUGGAGUUUGCUAACAAGAAUGUUCUCAUCGUGGAUGAUUCAAUUGUCCGAGGCACAACUUCAAAAGAAAUUGUUCAGAUGGCAAAGGAUGUAGGGGCCAAAAAGGUUAUUGUUGCUAGUUGUGCACCACCUAUUCGUUACCCGAACGUAUACGGGAUUGAUAUGCCUUCUCGCAAGGAGCUUGUCGCGCAUGGUCGGGAUAACGAAGAAAUUGCUUCUGCUAUUGGUGCAGACCUUGUCAUAUUUCAGACUUUGCCUGACUUGCUAGAGUCUGUGCGGCAAUUCAGACCCACUAUUCAAGACUUCGACUGUUCUGUCUUUACGGGUGAAUAUGUCACUGGCGGUGUCAACGAGGAAUACUUACAACACCUGGAAACACUUCGUGCUGAUAAUACUCGAGCAAAAGCAAUAAGCCUGGAUUUGGGGGCACUGGACGGAAAACGAGGAAGCGUAGCAAACGGAUCGACCAAAGAACAGGAACAAAAUACUUCUUCAAGUACACCCACCAACGGUUCAGAUGAUACUGUUGGCCUUCACAACUCGUGGAAAACUCAGUCUUGA